AUGCCUCCCAAGUACAUGUCUGGAUAUCAAAAGAAGAAAAGAAAGCUGAGAAUAAAAUCAUUAAUUCAAAGUCAAGCUGGAGAUAUCAAUAAGUACUUUACUCCCAAUCUUGUAGAGAGUAAAAAUGUGGCUGAAAAUUUGCUGAAUAACGAAGAGGAUAUGGGAUUAAAUGAUGAUGAUAAAAUGCUUGAACCUAUCAAUAUGGAUGAAAUGGGUAACAAUAAUAAUGAAGAAGUUCUUGAACCUCUCAUUGUAGAUGAAUCCAAUUUUUUUAAGAAAGAUGGUGAACUAGUUCAACAUGAAACUUUAAGUCAAGAGACUUGUUAUGAUGAUCCAGGAAAGUGGGCCCAUGAAGCGAGUAAGGAGCAUAUGGAGUGUAUGACUGAUUGGCUUGAAUUAGAAAGAAGGUUGCAAAAGAAUCAGACAAUUGAUCCAAGAGCACAGGUACAAUUAAACAAAGAAAAAGAACACUGGAAACAUGUGUUACAUAGGAUAAUUGCUAUUGUGCAAAGACUAGCCAAAAAUAACUUGGCCUUUAGAGGAAGUUGUGAGAAGCUUUAUGUUGAAAACAAUGGUCUCUUUCUGCAAAUGGUUGAAAUGAUUGCUAAGUUUGAUCCAAUAAUGAAUGAGCACCUUUGGCGUAUUAAAGACCAUGAAACUUAUACUACGUAUCUUGGUAGCAGAAUUCAAAAUGAAUUGAUACAAAUGUUGGCAGGUGAGGAAAGUCAUGUUGAGAGCGUGAAACUUAUAAAAGAACAAACUGCACAAAUUAGAGAUGUUUUACUUGACUUGACAAAUGAUACAGAAGAUCCCAAAACAAAAAGUGAAGCAGAGUCCUUAGCAUUAUAUGAACUUGAGAAGUUUGAAUUCUUACUUGGUGUGGUAAUUUGGUAUAAGUUGUUAUUCGCAAUUAACACUGCGAGUAAAUUACUUCAAUCCGAAAAUAUGGAUAUUGAUGUUGCUAUCAAACUGUUACAAGGAAUUAUUAUAUUUCUCGAAGAGUAUAGAGAAUCUGGUUUUGAUAAGGCAAUGGUUAAAGCUAAAGAAAUGGCAAGUGAAAUGGGCAUUGAAGCAGUAUUUCGAGAAAAGCAAGUUGUUCGUAGAAAAAAACAAUUUGAUGAAAGUAGUAGUACAGAAAUAGCAUUGUCAGCAGAGGAGUCCUUUAGAGUUAACUACUUUCUCUUUAUAGUUGAUCAAGCUCAUUCAUCUAUAGAGUCUCGAUUUGCACAGUUUAAAAAAUAUCAAGAAAUAUUUGGUUUUCUAUUCAAUGUGGAGAGGUUACAAUGUUCUGAUGAUGAAAGCUUAUUGAGGUCUUGCAGGAAUCUUGAAAGUUCUCUUGCACAUAAUGGUUGUUCUGACGUUAAUGGAGAUGAUUUGUUUUCAGAGUUAACAUUUUUAAAGUGCUCUUUACCAAAGGAAUCAAAAUCAGCUAUUGAUGUACUGGAUUAUUUGAAAAAGAUGGAUGGUUGUUUUCCAAAUGCUCAUGUUGCUUACAAAAUCUUGUUGACAAUACCAGUUACAGUAGCAACUGCAGAAAGAAGUUUCUCAAAGUUGAAGCUCAUCAAAACUUUUUUUCGAUCGACCAUGUCACAAGAAAGAUUGAAUGGGCUAGCUAUGUUAUCAAUUGAAAAAGAAAUUAUUGAACAACUUGAUUAUACAGACUUGAUUAAUAUUUUUGCUGCCAAAACUGUAAGACGAGUUGUCUUUAACUGA